AUACAUAAAGGUAUAACCUAUAUAACAGACUAGAGUGACAAUCAUGCUAUAGUUUCAUCUCGACAUGAAUGUUAUGAGUGCAUUAAUUAUUCUAGGCCGAAUAAACAGCCCAUAAUAACCAAAAUCAGGUCACUGUAUGAAAUAGUAAUAUAGACACGUGGGCGGAAGUCAGCGACGUCAUCAAAACAGUGAGACAGGCGGAGGAAAAGCAGCCCGUCAGUGGAUGUGACACGCUUACAAAUACACAGAAAACAACCCAGCAAGCAGCAGGAAAUCAUGAUCCGGCUCCUGCAGCGUGUUUAGUGCGCUCGAUUCAACUGUACACCGGACUUUUUUUUCCCCCCUUCCCGAGUCCUCGGAGACAGCAACAACACCAUGGUGGAGCAGUCGGACCGAGCCCCGUUGCUGGACUGGGAGGAAAUCCCACCGCCCGAUCCGAACCAGGCGGCCCCGCCACCGCCUGCGCCGCCGCGGGAGGAGGACGUUCCGGCGGUGAAAACUUCGCAGCCAGUCGGGCGACGCUCACCGACGGGCAUCGCGGCUGGUACUGGGUGGAGCACCAAAAGCACCGCCGUCACCACCACCACCACCACCAUCACCUGCAGUCCGACGAGGAGCGUGACAGCUGUUGUUGCCAGCGGGAACGGAAGCCCGGGCCGUCCGCGAACAGAGCUGUCGGGGCACGGCUGGGAUCGCCCGGAGCCUCUCGGUACAGAUCGCAAUGUUCCCUUCUCCGGCGGCCUCUCGGUGAGGGAUCAGUGGGAGGAAAAAGACCAGAUCGUGGCUGUGUUUGUGGUUACCUUUGAUACACGAUCAGGGAAUAUGGUAGAGUGGUGCCUGCCUCACGACAUCAACUUAGAUGGAGUUGAGUUCAAGUCAAUGGCCAGCGGCUCCCAUCGGAUCACCAAUGACUUUAUAUAUUUCCGUAAAGGCUGUUACUUUGGGCUGGCCUGUUUUGCCAACAUGCCUGUGGAGAGUGAGCUGGAGCGAGGAGCGAGGAUGAAGUCUGUUGGAAUUCUGUCUCCCUCCUACACUCUGCUUUACCGCUACAUGCACUUCCUGGAGAACCAAGUCAGGCACCAGUUGCAGUGUCCGGGGCAGUAUUCUCCACUGGAGGCCUUCUAUGAGGAUAAAAAAGCAGUCCUUCCCCCGACAGGAAAUGGUUUGGUCACUGCCUGCCCGACCUGGAGUGUUACCACCAUCAACCGCUGCAUGCACCCGGAAAUGAAGAUCACCCACCCAGCUGGCUGCAUGUCCCAGUUCAUCCAGUUUUUCGGGGAGCACAUAAUGGUGCUGUGGAAGUUUGCACUGCUUAGGAAACGGAUCCUCAUCUUCUCCCCUCCACCUGUAGGCGUGGUCUGCUACAGGGUGUAUUGCUGUUGCUGCCUGGCCAAUGUCUCUUUACCUGGAAUUGGUGUCUCCGUGCCUGAAUUACGGCCUUUCUUCUACAUCAACGUUGCUGACAUCACUGCCUUGGAAACAGAGCUGUCAUACGUGGCUUGCACCACAGAGAAGAUUUUUGAGGAGAAGAAGGAGCUGUAUGACGUCUACGUCGAUAAUCAGAAUGUGAAAACACACAGAAGUCAUUUGCAGCCACUGCUCCGACUCAAUGCAGCGGAUAAGGAGAAGUACAGGAAACUGAGUGAACAGAGGCAAAUGUUGCUGUACUCUCAGGAGGUGGAUGGAGACUGCACGUCAAACGAAGAGGAUCUUUUUAUUCUGUUCUUCAUGGAGCUCAAUAACCGCAUCUUCCAGACCCUGUCAGAUGUAGCGGGGAGCAGCGAUCCCACCCUCACUGCUGAGCAUGUGAGGGCCAUGGGGCUGGAUCCCCAGUGCGAUCGCUCCUUCCUGGUUGACCUGCUGGAGGUGUACGGUAUUGACCUCACGCUGGUCAUAGACAACCUGUGCUGUCCCUGAGCCUCCCUCAGCCUCGGAAACUCUGAACGCCACUGGAUAUUUGUGCCUUCAAGGCCCACACACACCAAGACACUGAGACACUGCCUCUGUCCUGGGACUUCCAUCUGUCGCCUGCUGUCCCCUCCUGGGUGUCUGUUUAUCCUCUGUGUGUCUCAUUUGACCUGUGGAGACUGUUUUUUAAACAGUGUGGAUGAUGUGAACACUUGGUGCACUGCUCCACAGUGGCUGACAAACACCAGCCAAGAAGACAGUACCGCAUAGCAGCUGCGUGAUCUUAUAGCCUUUCACAUCUUAUCUCACUCAGUGCUGUUUUUUUGUCAGAAACAUUUGCUUGUGUGCUUGUUUGACUUCGGCUGAAGAGGCCAGGGGUUGAAACACUGGAUAAAAAGUAUGGAUGUCUUGAUCAGAUCUGGUCAUCACAGCGGGAUGAUUGGUCAUUCUCCACUGCACCCAUCACAAUGAAGAUAACCUUUGCAGGCUUUAGUGUUCACUUGUCUGAGAAAAAAAAUCACAUUACGUAGCGGCCGUUUUACUGCUGGAAAUGGAGUUGUGUGCUUCAAAUAGAUUUUUAUAGAAGAUUCAAACCGUCAUAAAGUGCAACAAAAUCAUCCUGCUGUAUUACACUGAUGAUCGUGUCAUAAAUCGAAAGCUUUUUGACUACUUUAUUUGCCUUUCAAAAAGGAAGCAAUAGGAAUCAGUUGAAAUCAGACUUCUUCAUGCGGUUUUCAAAUUUUUACUAUUUCUUCCGCAACUGAAAGACGGUAAAAGUGAAACGUGUAUUGAAAACAAACAAGUGUGAUAUCCUCUUUUUUUAAUAUGGGGAAUAUUAUUAUGACUCAGAAUGAGAAGGGAAAGCUGUUUGUUCACCUUAAUGCACCUUGAAAACGAGGUCGAUCUGAUAAUGUGUCCCUGUGUUUGAUCACAAAGUUCAAGUGAUGGAGCCGUUUUUGUUGCUGUUAACUGAGGUUCUUGAAUUUAAAUGAAUGUGACUUUCUAACACUAACUUCUUACGAAUGCUGCACCAUGUCCACCACCGGACUAUUUCCUGAUGCACAGUGAUCAUGCCUAACUGUACCUUUUUUAAUGCUAUGUUUAUUACUUACAGUCUGAGCCAGUGUGUGGUUAUGGAAUGGAGGGGCUUUGUGCGUGUGUGUGUGUGUUGCACUGUAUACACGCUCCAACCAGAGGCUGGUUCAUCAAUGGAAGCCGAUAUAUGCGCAGCGAUUGUGUUGAGUGAGGAGUCCUUGAUGGAGCCGUUUGUAGUUUUCUUGUUGAUCAGCUUCAAGGAGAUCCUCUUUGCUUGUCUGUGUCCCUGACAAAGAUCUCUUUGUGUUUUUGUAAAUCUGGUUUUGGUCACAGUGAGGGCUGGGCAGCUGAGGGUUUCUCUCAGUCUUUUCAUCACAAUCCUAUUGAGUGGAUCCAGCUCCAGAGAUGAGCCAACUGUGUCUUUUGAAUUAUCUUGGCACACUGGUUUAUUUAAUCCAUCACGUUGCCAAUUGGAGUGAUAAUUUGUUCCAUGUUGGAACACAUGAGGCUGAUGUUUGCCUCGUAGAAAUUUAGAAUAGUUUUUUCUCAGCCUUCUCAUGGCGCCCCGACGCAAGCUAAAAUGUCAUUUUUUAAAAACAUGUCAUGUGUCUACAAAUAGUCAUUUUUACUUUGUUAUUCCAAAAAUAACAACCUGGUCUGAUCCCCAGAUUGAGAACUGCUGAUUGUCUGUUUUGACUUGACCCCCUAAAAUGUUUUCUGGGUGGGUUAAAAAAUAGAAAAGUGCACCAAUAUUGAAAGAAAAGGUUGUUUAUAUGGGGCCUUAAGGAGAUGUGAUUUUCUCAAACUUACUCCAGUAAAGUGACUGACUCAGUACUGUAUGUACGUCAACAGUAUUUGCUGAAAGAUUAAGUACAUUGUGCUGAGCACUACUGAAUGGCCUUUACGUGCUCCAGUGAAAUCUGUUGACACUGACUGGUCUAUUUACUCGUCAGCAAAUGUUUAUACUCAUUGCCUCUGACGGUGUUUGCUUUACACGUGUAUGUUAAAUGUAAAAGGAAAUGUACACAAAACACACCACUGUAUAAAAUGCCUUCUUUGUGGAGUCGUUCACAGACCAGCAUUAGCUCAACAAGUCAUUUGUGCAGCGUGUCACUACUGAAUGUCAAAGACAGCAUAAGUAUUGCACAUGUGCAGCAACACAUCCAAGUAGUGUAACUGUUUUCUUCUUGAUUGUAAUGUAAAUCAAGAGCCUUCACAGAAUAACACAUAAGCUUUCACCUUUACUAAUGUGAAACACUGUAAGAGAUGUCAGUAAUGUACACAUGGUAUCAACAGCAUGAGCAAUCGUUCAUUCAUUUCACUGUACUGCCACUGUAAAACAAUAAAACCUUGAUACAGUUUAGGUGUUCUCUAAUUCUCUGCUUUUAACCUUGCAUCACUAUUUUCACAUUUUUCCUUCAUAAUCGUACUACUCUGCUUACACUUCUCUCUUCACUCGCUGAGCAGGAUCACUGUUCUCAUUGCUUUACAAGGCACAACUAAUUAAAUGCAAAAAAAUAAGUGUUGUUUUCUAAUAUAUUUUAGUAUGUGAUCUUUAUUACUAGUGCUUUAACAUGUAAACAGCGUUUUACUAUUGUAGCUGGCUGAGGUGCCGAUUUUAAUUAUUUUAUACACUGGUAGUUUAAAAGGGUCUUCCACUGAUUUUAGUUAUUUCAGUUUCUAAUAUUUAAGUUCUCUUUACUUGAAAUGAAGAAAACUACUCCAGCCUGUGAAAACAUUUGCAUGUUGUCGUGUGGAAAUUGGAAGUUCCCUGUUUUCAAGCAUAUCAUUAAUUGCCCUCUACUAAUUUCACUUAUUUAACAUCUGUCAUUCUCCUACUGGAUAUUUCUGCCACAAUUAAAAUAGCCAUAAUAAAACUGAGAGCUCACUUUGUUUUCCUGAACAACCCAAAUGAAAAGAGGCCUGCAGCAGGAUGCAGCCACUUGCUUAAUCCUGCGGAUUUGCUGUCUACACCAUCUGUCAGAUCAGAUACAGCCCUAUCAAGGAGUCUGCCUAACUCCUGGUCCAAGAUCUGGAGCAUUACAACACAUUCAGCAUGCCGCAGCAUCCUUUUAUUCUUCCAUAUUCCUUCAUCUAUACCCAACCUAACCACACUCCUCUCAGCUCCCCUUACUAAGCAGGUCACAGCCAGCUCAAAGCACUGGGUUAAAAAGCUUCACACUGACAUGGCAGCACCAGAACAUUUCAUUUUCCAGUCCAACACUUCAGACUGCUCUUUGUAUUUGGCUACUUUUAAUUUACCCCUUUCUUCUCUGUGACAACCUUUCCAUCACGUUUACUUUGCCCCCUAAAACACCUGUACCCCUUAUCUAAACCAGGCAUCAACUAAAUGCUUACAUAACAAAUGUCAAACUGAUGAAAAGAAAAAAAAAGAAACACUCUGUGCUAAAUUGGACAUUAUUUUUAUUGACCAAGUUCAAAUGUGAUAGUAAACUAUUCAGUAAACAUAAAGUCCAUUUGUAAGACAGCCUGUACAUGGGCUACUGGCUUAAAGAAACAAAGCCUUGGUCCUUUCAUAUAUAACAGCAUGUAAUGUAAUCUUCCUCAUAAUUGUUCAACUGAAUAUUCUUUUAAUGUUUACAUGUAGUUAAACGGUCCGUACUUGGUCAGCA